AUGUCCAUCCUUCACAACCCAAUCCUCCCCUACCCCCUCCAAGUCAAUGGAGGAACCUCCAUCCCCGCACCACCAGCCUCAGAAUUCGACGCCCUCUUCGGCGGCGUCCUCCCCAAACGCCAAACAAUAACCACCUACUGGGGAACAACAACCUACUACCUCCUCCCCCCCUCUCACCCAUCCCCAGAUCCCCACGCAACCCCACGAAAAGCCAUCCUCAUCCACGGCGUAGGCACACCAUCCAUCGGCCUCCUCCCCCUCGCAACCCUCCUCGCCGCCUCCUCAACCCCAACCACCAUUCUAAUCUACGACAACUGGGGCCAUGGCCUCUCUUCCACCCCCCUAACUACCCACGUCACGGGACUCUUCCAAACCCAGAUCUUGGCCUUGAUGACGCAUGUGAGAUGGGAGAAAGCGCAUUUCCUGGGUUAUUCUUUGGGUGGAAUGAUAUCUGCUUCUUUCGCGGAAUUCCAUCCUGAGCUCGUGGAGUCUUUGGUUCUUGUUGCGCCUGCGGGUUUGUUGAGGAAGAGUGAGUUGAGUCCUUGGACGAGGUUCUUAAAUUGGGGCGGGUGGGGAUGGGGAUGGGAGGGUGUGAGUGCGAGGAGGAUUUAUGAGUGGCUUGGUCCGGGACCGGUUGAUGUGGAGUGGGAGAAGAAGUUUAAGGCGAAGGGGUUAGAGGCGAUUCCGAGGGAGAGGGUGCAGGUUUGGGAGAAGGAGCUUCAUAGGGGUCAUGUUGCGAGUUUGGUUUCUUCGUAUAGGUAUUGUGGGAUUUUUGAUGGGCAUGGGANAGUGGGAGAAGAAGUUUAAGGCGAAGGGGUUAGAGGCGAUUCCGAGGGAGAGGGUGCAGGUUUGGGAGAAGGAGCUUCAUAGGGGUCAUGUUGCGAGUUUGGUUUCUUCGUAUAGGUAUUGUGGGAUUUUUGAUGGGCAUGGGAGUUAUGAGGCGUUGAUAAGGAAUGGAGUUCCGGUUUUGGUGUUGCUUGGGGAGAGUGAUCCGAUUUUUGAGGUGGGGUAUGUGAAGAAGGAGUUGGAGGCUUUGGGGUGGGAAGGGAGAGUGGAGGUUCUUGAGGGUGUUGGACAUGGGGUUGUAGGGGAGAAGACGAAGGAGGUGGAAGGUUUUAUGUUGAAAUUUUGGGAGAGUUUGGGCGAGAAGUAA